AUGGCUGCCCCACAUUCAAGACACCGAAGUCGCCGACUCAACAUCUCACUCACACAUACACAGCAACCGACUACAACGCCAAUGACCGAACCAACGAACGCGACUGACUCAAGAACCUCAAGUGCAACGCCAGGUCGUACGCGCGUAGCGCGUGUCGCAUGUAAAGCAUGUCAUGCGCGGCGAGUUAAAUGCGACGCCGCGGAUAGCCAACCCUGCUGGCAUUGUCGUACGCGUGGUACAGAAUGCGAAUUGAUAGAGUCGAAGCGUGGAAAAUAUACAAGACGGAGUAAUGCACAAUCCCGACAAAGGCGCUCAUCUAGGCGCGUGCAACAAACCGAAAGUCCAGCUCCUGAUGCAGAUGGAACCACCAGUGUUGAGAGUAUCGCUGCCGCAACUCAGAAUGAUGAAAAUGAGCAGCGUCAAAUCAGAGAAUCAGAUACCACACAGAAUACUCAACAACAACCCCUACCAAAUCUGACCCAAGCCAAAGACCGAUCUUUCUUUCUCGGCGACUCGAGUAGUCUAUCCUACAUCAUAGAACUGAUAUGUGCCCCAAGGAGUGGCAUCAGUGAGCCAGUCAAGGUGCAUUAUCCGAUUCCAGCAUCGAUAGCGGAAAGGGCAGUGACUCCAAGUCGGCUCCAAAUCGAACCACUGCGCCUACGGGACGCUCUAACACUUCCAUCAAGGGAAAUAUCCGACCGUCUUGUCUAUGUGUUCUUCGUUAUAGUGCACCCUCCUUGGCCAGUUGUCGACAGAAAGUCAUUCCUACAGGCCUACCGAGAGGAUGAAGCAUCGCCGCUGCUGUUGCAUGCCAUGUUCCUCGUGACUUUCAUCUUUUGUGACGAGAACCUUAUUCAAGAUGCUGGAUUCACUGAUCGUGCCGCGGCACGUAAAUAUCACUACCUCCGCGCCAAGACUCUGUACGAUGUUGAUCAUGAGACUGAUCGAGAUAUACUGGCUGCUUCGCUUCACCUUCUAGGAUUUUGGUGGAAUGGACCAGAUGACCAGAAAGAUGCAUGGUAUUGGUCAGGUUGUGCAACAUCAUAUGCCCAGUCACUAGGCUUACAUCGCUCGACAGUUACUUCCAGGUUUAGUCCGGAGAAAAGGGCACUGCGGAAACGUAUAUGGUGGUCUAUAUACACGCGAGAUCGACAUACAGCUGCAUGUCUGGGCAAGCCAUGCAGAAUCCGAGAUGAUGACUGCGACAUUGAACCUGUCACCGAGGCUGACCUCUACUUUGACGAUGUAAUCGACGAUCCUCUUAUACCGCCUCAAAAGGAAUACCACACAGCGUUCUUCAUCGAGAUGCGCAAGGCUGCUGAAAUUCUGGGGGACAUUGUCAUUGGGGAAUUUAGUCCUCGCCGUCUUGCACUGGAACAGUAUGAAGUGCCUAACCUGAAAGCAAGGCUUGAGCAAUGGGAGUCGCAGUUACCAAAGUGCAUGCAAAAGCAACCACUUGAUGAGACGUUGGGGGCGGCAUUCUGGGCUACUCAAUUACAGAUGGCCUACCAGAACUAUUUCAUCCUUUUGUUCCGACCCAAAGUAAUCGACGACAUGUCACCAGCGGAAGCUGAAAGAGACAAGACAGCGCGAGCUGCGGCUGACUAUAUCACUCGCAUGACAGAAGAUCUGAUCGCUGUCGGGACAUUACGCUAUACCCAAAUGCAUACUAUCCCAGCCGUCUUUGGAGCCCUCUCUAUCCACACACUCGUCAUCUGUCGAAAGGACCCCAUUCGUCGACAACUAGCAGGCAACAAAUCGCGACAAUGCAUUCUCGCACUCAGUGAAAUGGCAAAGUCAUGGCCCAUUGGUCUAUGGAUAACGAAGCUGUUUGUGAAUCUCUUGAGACGACUCACAGGCCAGGGGUCAGCCAUAUCCGCGGGAUCAAUAGUUGAUGUAACGUCUCGCAUUGCAAAUACAACCCGCGGUAAUGAGGGUCCCGCUUUGGAACCUUCACGAGUCAGCGCAUCACAAAACCCGGAUGAUAGGAUCAAUGGGUUCAGUCAACAGAAUAAUACGGCGCUUGGCUUCUUUGACAAUACUAACGGUCCAGGGAUGGGAGAGCAGCAGACAGCUAAUAUGUUGCAACAGCCUGCUGAUGAGUUUGGAUUUGGCUCAUUUUGGUCUGAGGAUACCAUCGACGUCGAUUUAUUGCUUCAGAAUGGAUUGUGUCCAUUGCUCCCGGCUGACUUUGGUCUUAUGCCCCCUGGGACAUUUGGUCUGUGA